UUUAUUUUAGCAUGUUACAGGUUUAACAUAGUCAUUGUAACUUAAAGAAUCUUUCAAUAUCACAUCUGCAGAUGACAGCAGUGGAGAAAGGAACCAGUCUUGACAGAGUGAAUCCCCUCAAACAAGACCAAAGCCAAGCAACUCCAGGCCAAUACCUCCUUGAAUCUAGAACAAAGAAAAACUUCAGUAGUUCGACACCUGUUAGAAAGUCAAGUGGGUCAAGUCUGUUAGAAACAGACUUGACCCACAAGUCACCAAAAACGGCUGUUGAGCAAGGCACCAAAGAGAAGCUUGGACACAUGUACCCAGGUGGACCAAUGGACCCACAACAGAAAGAAACUCACAGCAUUACGAGAACAAAAAUCUAUCAAAUCACACAAACUUGCGAAGCCGUUAACAUUUCAGAGAAAGAUUCUGCCGGUGGUGAUGUGACCACGAUUUAUUCAACUCCUCAAAAAGGCAGCACUGUCAAACAAAACCUGAUUAACUCAAAGGUCUUUGAGGAAACUCAGUAUCUUGGUAAACCUACUGCUAUCGCUGGGGUUUAUGUAGAAUCGAGUAAGAAAAAGAUAUCCUUUCUUGAAGCUGCUGAAAAGGGAUUUUUAGCCAAGACGUAUGCUCUAGAAUUUCUGGAAGCCCAGGCUGUAACAGGAAGCCUCACAGAUCUGUCUACAGGACAGACCCUGUCAGUUGUCCAAGCUCUGGAGAGAGGUCUUAUAGAUAAAGGCAUAAAAGACAAACUCAAAGAGGCGGAGAAAGCUGUCAUUGGCUAUGAGCAUGCUGGGAAAAAGCUGUCAGUUUUUCAGGCGAUGGAGGGCAGGCUCCUCGACAGAUACAAAGGUAAGAGGUUCCUCGAGGUUCAGGCUUCUACUGGAGGACUGAUCAAUCCAGACACUGGCGUCAGGGUUCCAACAAGUCUUGCUGUGGAUCAAGGUCUUCUGAACAAGGAUACCCUCCGGACUCUGUAUGAUCCUGUCAAUAACCCUAAGGGUUUCCACAACCCUGACACCGGACAGAAGGCAUACUACUCAGAAAUACUGAAGACUUGCCUCUACGACAUCGAUGGCUGUGUCCUCCUCUACCCAUUUGGUGACAGACGUCUCACAGAUUCUUCUCCCUCGAGCACUCACAGGGUGUCUGUUGUCAACAGCAGCGCUGGAGUUGAAAUCUCAGCAUAUGAGGCAUUUAAAGGCAAUCGCAUUGACAAGAGGACGUAUCUGUCCCUGUCACGGCAGGAAAGCGACUGGCAGGAAACGUCCACAGUUGAUGCCAGUGGUACCACAGUUCAUAUUAUAACUGAUGUCACAAGUGGUAGACAACUUUGUUUGGAGUCUGCUCUUAGUCAGAGGUUUCUUGAACCUUCAGAGUUUGACAGCUAUCGCAGUGGCCUUCUCACCAUCUAUGAGAUCGCAGACCUUAUAUUUUCAAGAAUGGUUGUUGUCGAGGAAGUCAACAGCCCUGUUGCUGGUCUCUGGGAUGUAGCUCGUAAAAAGAGGCUGUCGAUCCUUCAGGGGUUCCAGCAAAGUUUUAUUGAUAGAACCACUGCCUUGAGAUUACUGGAGGCUCAGGCCUGCACUGGAGGUAUAUUUGACCCCUCAUCAGGCUACAAGUUCACAGUCUGUGAGGCAGUAAAACGAGGUCUGGUAGAUGAAGCAUUAAAACAGCAGCUUCAGCAGUUUGAGCAGGCUUUUAAAGGCAUCGAUCAACCAAACAACGCGAAGAAAUUGUCAGUUUUCCAGGCAGUGCAGGAAAAUGUCCUCCCCAAGGACGUGGGAUUUCGCUGCAUUGAAUUCCAGCUCCUGACCGGAGGUUUGAUAAAUCCCGACACUCAUGACAGAGUCUCACUGGAAGAGGUCAUUCAGAGAGGUCUUGUGGACAAAGCAACCGCCUCCAUUCUGAAAGAUGAAACGCUCCACAACAGAAGCCUCACCUGUCCCAAGACCAAGAGAAAAAUCACAUUCAAAGAAGCCAUUGACAGAAGCGUCUUUGACUGUCACACUGGCCUGCGGUUACUGGAGGCUGUGAAAAUCCUCGGUUCCGAAGCCAAGUCAGCGUUUCUUUACGCUCGUGCUUAUAACAAAUAAACAUUUGCAAAUGCAUGAUUGUACAAAGCUUUGGGAAUAAACCUAUAAAAAAAUAGUUAUUUUUUUGAGUUUGAACAAUAAACUCACAACUAAAAUCCCCUGCAAUAACAACCAAAGGAGAGUGGUGAUUUAUGGGAAUAAUUUAUUGAAAAUAAUUAAAAUUAUUGAAUGGUUGAAAAAAAAAUCCAUUUUAUCAUUCAGUGAACUUUAAUGUGGUGUAUGACCUCUUGGACUGUGUUGCAGGAUUUACCUGCUUCUAUGUUACCAAAUGAUUUCAGUUUUUUAGGACAUUUUAAUUUCACAUUUAUACAACUGAUGCUCUUUAAUGGUCAAUAUAUGUUUGAUUACAGGACUGUUGCAACUAAUGGUUGUGUUUUGUAUUUGAUUUAAUUAUUCAUUUGUUGUGGCACUGCACCUAUUUUCUGAGGCUCCCUUUUUAAAAAAAAAACAAACAAAUAACACUUCAUGUUGAAUAUCCCUCUGUCCCCA